UAAAUGAAGCAUCAUGCCUGAGAAAAAGUCAGUACAUUAGAACAUCAAGCUAUAAAAAUCUGUCUUACUUGCUGGGUGACGGAUCCAAAUUGCCUCUCCGGUUAAAGAAGGAGAAGGGAUACUGCAGUGCCCUCAUAGUGUGGGAGCUGCACUCCUAGUAUAAAUGAACAACCGCUGAUGCUUUUCUCCGCAGCGUGUGUACUGAUUGUCUUGCUGUCUCUUCAUACGUUCCUUCUUUGCAGGGAAAAUGUUCUGCAGGCAGACAAAUACUCCAGCUAAUUAGCAGAAACAUUAACUCUUCAUUGUCUCUCUUCAUUCAGUUCAGUUUUGCCUGAUGAGAAUAAGGAAUCAGAACAUGCAUUGAGAACAUCCUUAUAAGAAAUCAUGAAUUCAAGAAGUUAAAAACACAGUGACUCAGAAUAUAAGCCACAAUCCAUCCUUCACAAUAUUUCCAAAAAAAGGUGAGUCCACGUGAUCCAACCGUCAUCAUUGUUGAUAAAGGAUCUUUUUGUCAAUAUUCUUGGAUGAUACAGAUUGUAAACCAACAAAGACAAAGAUGCAAAACAGCUCAUCACAGAAUACAAGCAAUUGGUCAGGGGCAGGAAGUAAAAGUUAUAUAUUCAUCAUGAUACCUGUUAUAUAUAUUAUUGUUUUUGUAAUAGGGAUUCUUGGCAAUAUUGUGGUAGUAAUUGUUAUUUACUUUUAUAUGAGCCUAAAAACAGUUGCCAGCAUUUUUUUGUUCAAUCUGGCACUAGCAGACAUAUUUUUCCUUAUUACACUGCCGCUAUGGGCAACCAGUACUGCAAUGCAUUACAAGUGGCCAUUUGGGAAUGCUUUAUGCAAAAUAUCAGCUGGAAUAACAACACUUAAUUUGUAUGCAAGCAUAUUCUUUCUCACUUGCCUUAGCAUUGAUCGCUAUAUGGCCAUUGUCCAUCCAAUGGCAUCUCGUCAAAAGCGUACCUUACUUUUUGCAAGAAUAAUUUGCUUUAUUGUUUGGGUACUUGCUGCACUGAUCAGCACACCUGCCAUAUUUAUGCGCAAAAUUGUUUUCUUGGAAACUACAAGUAUAACUGCCUGUGCUUAUUCGCAUCCAGAAAUAAAAUUUUUAAUUGGAAUGGGACUGACCAAAAACAUUGUAGGCUUCCUAAUUCCAUUCCUGAUUAUUCUCAUCUGCUACUGUUUGAUUGUAAAGACUAUCCUAGAAGCAUAUUAUAUCCAGCAAAGCAAACCUAGAAAUGAUGAAGUUUUCAAGAUGAUUGUGGCAGUUGUGGCAGCAUUUUUUCUUUGCUGGAUUCCGCAUCAAGUACUUACUUUUUUGUAUGUUCUGAGUUAUGCAGGAGUGAUCCAUGAUUACAAUAUCAUGGAGAAUUUAGAAAUGGCAAUGCCUUUCUCCAUCUGCAUUGCCUACAUCAACAGUUGCCUUAACCCUAUACUGUAUGGUUAUGUUGGCAGAAAUUUCAGACGUCAUGUUACGCAACUGCUAAAACGUGUUCCUUCUGGAAGUGGACAUCGACCAUCAUUAUCUACAAAAAUGAACUCAAUUUCUCUUCAUACAUCUGAAACUUUAAUUCCUCCAUCAAAAAAGACUGCAAACGCCUGUGAUCUCAGAUAAAAUAAAACUGGGAUAUUAUUUAAUAGAAAAAUGAUGUCAAAUAUAGUAAUUUCAGAAUUAUCCAUUCAGCAGUGAUAUAUGA